AUGUUUAAACAAAUUACAUUUCGUUCAUCUUCAUCUACAUUAAAACCUGUAACUAAAUAUACCAUAAGAACAUUAUCAAUGACUAAACCAACUCCAUCAAACACUGCGUCCUCUUCAAAUUCAAACUUGACUAACAAUAGCAAGCUGGAUACCAAAGCUCCUACCCCAGACGAUGAUCCAGUGACUCACACACAACAACCAAUCAUAUUCGCCCCAAAAACCUAUCAGUACACCAAAGGCCAUUUGGAUGUUAAUGAAGUAUUACCCAAUCCAUUAGACCAAUUCAAUAAAUGGUUUAAAGAAGCUCAAGAACAAUUACCAUCUAAUUCCGAUAUCAUUGUUGAAUCAACCAAUUUCUCAACUGCUAGAUUACCCAGUGGUAGAGUAUCUAGUCGAAUUGUAUUAUUAAAAGAAUUGGACAAGUACGGAUUCCUUGUGUAUUCCAAUUGGGAUACUUCGAAAAAGGCGGAAGAUUUCAAUAGUAACAAAUAUGCUGCAUUGACUUUUUUCUGGCCUCAUGUACAACGUCAAGUUAGAGUUGAAGGUAUAAUGGAACAUGUAACUAGAGAAACCAGUGAGAGGUAUUAUAAUACUAGACCAAGAGGCUCUAAAAUCGGUGCUUGGGCAAGUCCACAAAGUAAAAUCAUUUCAUCCAGAGAUGAUUUAAGUGAAUUGAAUGAUGAAUAUACCGAAAAAUUUAAAGAUUUACCUGAUGAUGCAAUUCCAUGUCCUGAAUAUUGGGGCGGGAUUAGAAUUGAACCAUUGGAAGUGGAAUUUUGGCAAGGUGGUGUGAGCAGAUUACAUGAUAGAGUUACUUUCAGAAGAGAUGAUAUUGCCAACCACAAUUGGGAAAUAGUUAGACUUGCACCAUAG